CCGGUCGUUUAAAUUAACUGUAGCUGAGGUAAAUAACGUUAUGGGGACGAAAAAGGUUGGUUUCGAAAUUAUAUUUGUUUAUCACUUGUUGUCGUCGCGAAUGGUUGUUAAUUUUUCUUAUGAAUUUUAAUGUAGUGUAGUGUUUAUUUCUGUUCUUUAACAAUGAAUCUUACUAAAAUCCCAUCUGCUUUUAAUGCCAUUAAAAGAAGUAUUUUCAGACCCGUUUAUUGCAGUUCAACUAAUUUGAAACAAGUGACUCGUCUUUUGAGUACCAGCACUUUAUCAAAAAAUAAGGUCACAUUUACAGUGGAACUCCAUGGAGGACAGCGCAUUCCGAUGAAAGUUGAACCUGGUAUCACUUUGAGGGAUGCAAUCGCCGAAACCGAAGAAGCUGGAGAAGAUUAUGGAGUUUGUGGAGCUACUCUUGCAUGCUCAACCUGUCACGUGAUUCUUGAGGAGAAGACUUUUAAGAAGCUGAAGAACGAAAUCACUGAAGAUGAAAUGGAUAUUUUGGACCUAGCUCCUGAAAUUCACAACCUAUCGAGAUUAGCUUGUGCGAUCAUUGUGGGACCUGAUUUGGAAGGAACUCUCAUUAAAGUACCAACGGAACGAAAAGAUGCGAGAGACGAAAAUCAAAGUGAACAAGUCUGAUCUUCUACAAAUAUGACCUUGCAUGUGAAGAUAAAAAAAAAAGAGUGUUAACUUAUAAAUAAAUGUUUUUAUAGAAUUUUUCUUUUUAACCAUUUACACUUUUUUGUCUUGGAUGUAAGUAUACUAAUUAGUGUGUUGUUGAAAAAUAUUACGAAAAGAUAAACGUGUGCAACAGUUAUUUUUUGUGUACAGUGUACUAAAUAAAUGAGAAAAAAAACUUAUAACAUUUGAUCUGAUUUUUGCAUGCUAAAAAAGGACACUACUUGGAAAAUGCACUUUGUGUUGAAAUUUGGUAUAUUAGUAGUAUACUUUAAUAAUGGUCUCCUUUUAGAAUAAUAAAACGUACUAUCCAGACCAGUCAGAGAAAGCGUAUAUGAAAAUGUAAGCACACUUUCUGGUAUAUGAAAUGUAUACUUUCUGGGUUAAAUCUACAUUUUAUUAACGUGCGUGCCUGAUUCGCUGCAGUGGUUUAUUAUUUAUUUUUCCUUUUUUUUCUAAUAAAGAUUUUUUUUUCUCUGUU